UAUAGAUGGAAUGCUUUUGAUACUGAAGUUCGCGUGCAUAUUUAAUAAAGGUAAUCUUCUCACGUUGUGUAUUUAUUGUUAUAUUUGUUUAUAGUAAAUAAUAUAAAUGCUAUAUAAGCAAAACGAAGCGUUAUUAACGCCUGUAAUGUCGCUUAUGAAACACAUCAGCAGCGGGUUGUGUAACGUGUCAACUCGUCAAACAUUCAUUCAUUGUUUUGUAACGCUGCUCGCUGCUACAUUGUAACUUCAUCUUUCGCGCGGCUACAUUUGUAACUUCAUCUUUCGCGCGGCUACAUUGUAACUUUUAUCUUCGUGGUUACUAAUGAUACAUAAAUCGCCCAUGUUUAUCGCGUUUAAAGUGACAGGUUUAGUCAAAGCCAAUGUCUGAAGUCAGAGAUAUGAAGCACAUCUCUCAGGUCCGUGAGCUGUUGAGAGAGCUGAUUUUGGGCCGUGAGGAUCCGGACGGUUUUUUUGGGCUGUGUUUGUCUCUGCUGGGGGACACAGACACCAGAACACUCUUUCUUGAUGUAAUCAAACCCCUUUUACCCGGACACGAGCAUCUACACAGUCAACUGACAACAAUCUUUCUGGAGUAUUUCUCAAAGGAUGAAGAAGAUGCAUUAGAGUUGGCAUUAAAACUCUCUCUCCAUGAAACCAAACAAGAGGUCAGACAGCGUGGUUCAGAUCACCAGCCUUACUUGCCUUCCACAAGCUAUGCAAAACUGGCUUCAGGAUGUUCAGGUGUUGUUCAAGAUGAAUUCAGAGGACUGGAGAAACAUCGUAUCACAAAAUGGACCCCAGACACUGAAGUACAUCGACCCAUAUGCAUUAAAAAGGAGCAGAGUCCCAACUUUCAUUUGGACAAAGACGAUGGCGACCUCUUAAAAGUUGAUGAUAAAGACCAAUCAAGAAAUUCAACAAGAUCACAAAGGCGUCGGCAACGCAAGAAGCUGCAGUUGUUAAAAAACCCGUCUGGCCCACAACCUGUUCUGCUGUGGUUUCGAAGAGACCUCCGCAUGUGGGACAACCCUGCUCUGAUUGGCUGCCUGGAGCUUGGUGCACCAAUCAUACCAGUCUUCCUGUGGAAUGCAGUGGAGGAGGAGGGUCCAGGGGUUACCGUCUCGGCAGGUGGGGCAUCUAAAUACUGGCUGCACCAGGCACUAGUGAGUCUGAAUCUCUCUCUUGAGCAGCGUGGAAGCCACUUGGUGACCCAGAAAGCAGAGCCAUCAUCCUUGGCUGCCCUACAGGGACUAAUAUCAGAGACAGGGGCGAGAUCGGUUGUGGCGACAGCCCUGUAUGAGCCAUGGUUGAAGGAUAGAGAUGAUAGUGUAUGGGAGACACUGGAGAAACAAGAAAUUAAGUGCCACAUUUACCACUCCUACUGCCUGAGAGACCCCUAUAUGGUCACCACGAAGGGUGUUGGUCUACGAGGUAUUGGUUCUGUCUCUCACUUUAUGAGCUGUUGCCAGCAGAACCCUGGCAGUGGAUUGGGCACUCCACUAGAUGCCCCCAGUGUCCUGCCUGCUCCCUCAACAUGGCCGCAGAGAUGCCCUCUUGUUGAUCUGGAGCUGGCACGCAUGCCACGCCGGAAAGAUGGCACUGAGAUUGACUGGGCUGCAAACAUUCGGAAAUCAUGGGACUUCAGUGAGGAAGGAGCUCAGGCCCGUCUUGAGGCAUUCCUGCGUGAUGGUGUGUAUCGGUAUGAGAAAGAGUCAAGUCGUGCAGAUGAUCCCAACACCAGCUCUCUGUCUCCGUAUCUUCACUUUGGGCAGCUGAGUGCACGCUGGUUAUUAUGGGAUGCCCGUGGAGCUCGAUGCAGACCUCCCAAGUUCCAGCGUAAAUUGGCAUGGAGGGAUCUGGCAUACUGGCAGCUGUGCCUUUUUCCAGACCUGCCCUGGGAGUCAAUCAGACCCCCAUACAAGGCUCUACGCUGGAGUUCAGACCAUGCUUAUCUGAAGGCAUGGCAGCGUGGACGCACAGGUUACCCACUGGUGGAUGCAGCAAUGAGACAGCUGUGGCUAACUGGCUGGAUGAACAACUAUAUGAGACAUGUGGUGGCCUCCUUCCUCAUUGCCUAUCUACAUAUUCCCUGGCAGGAAGGAUACCGCUGGUUUCAGGACACACUGGUAGAUGCUGAUGUUGCCAUAGAUGCAAUGAUGUGGCAAAAUGGAGGGAUGUGUGGUCUGGACCAUUGGAACUUUGUCAUGCAUCCCGUUGACGCAGCGCUGACCUGUGACCCGCAUGGCGCUUACGUGAGACAGUGGUGUUCUGAACUGUCAGCACUUCCUGAUGACCUCAUCCAUAAGCCCUGGAAGUGUCCCGCUUCAAUGCUGCGCAGGGCAGGGGUGGUUUUAGGAGGUAACUACCCAGAGCGGAUCAUUGUUGACCUUGAGAAGCAGCGUGCACAGUCUCUGCAGGAUGUUGCAUUGGUAAGGCGGCGUUUCAGGGAGUUCGUUGACCAGCGAUCAGGCUGUGACCUGGUUCCUCUGCCUACCAGGCUGGUGCAGGAAGCUCUGGGCAGUAUGGAGGACGUUGUGAGGCGUGAAGAAACCGGGUUCCUCCUUCCAGUCAUCACACGCAUGGAGUUUAAAUGCCAGCCUGAGGAUCCAGACGGCCAGGACAACCCAUACAGCGCUGUGCUUAAAGGCUACGUCAGUCGCAAACGUGAUGAAACCAUUGCUUUCCUAAAUGAAAGAGACUUCACAGCCAGUGUGAUGUGCGAGAGUGCACAGCGUAGAGAGAGGCUAGAGAGGGAUUGUUGUCUCCUCGAAGGUCUACCGCGACCCACAGCCCCACGUGGAAGGGCAAGGCGGACCCCAACCAGAGACCCUUACAGCAAAGUGCCCGGAGGUGUCGCCAUUCCUCGAAGAUAACAGAUUAACUUGCGUCAGUGCCUAGAACUCAGCCAAUGAGUGCGUUUACAGACACCCCAAUACUCUGAUAUCUACCAAAAAUCAGCGAUGCCUCAAAUUGUGUGGUGUUGAGAAUUGCGCUAUUACUUUUUAAAUCUGUCUGACUUUAUUUUCGCCUGGUGGGCGAAAAAAUCCCAUAGACUUAAAGGGUAACUAAACACCUGCUCAGAGUCUGACUCCACCCACUAGAAAUAUUUGAAAAUGCUGGAAAAGUGGGCAGACCCCGGCGGGGAUAGAGGGAACGAACCUAGUGCGGGGCUGAGCGGGGGGGCACCUGAGACUCGU